UGCUUCUCAGUCUCUGGGGGACACAACCUUUUUUUUUGUCAUCAUCAUCUGUAUUAAAAGGAAGCAGCAAUCAUGGGUGAUGGAGAAAUGUCCAUCUUCGGCGAGGCCGCACAAUUUCUCAGAAAAAGUGAGAAAGAGCGUUUGGAGGCUCAGAGCAAGCCUUUUGAUGCCAAAAACACUGUAUUUGUAGAUGAUGUUAAGGAACUCUAUGUCAAAGGUAUGGUUACAGCCAGGGAAGAUGGCAAAAUAACUGUGAAGACCGAUGAUGGAAGAACAGUAACCGUCAAAGAGAACCAAAUUUACCCCCAGAACCCUCCCAAGUUUGAUAAAAUUGAAGACAUGGCUAUGAUGACCCAUUUGAAUGAGGCUUCUGUCCUGUAUAACCUGAAAGAGCGUUAUGCUGCAUGGAUGAUCUAUACCUACUCUGGCCUUUUCUGCGCCACUGUUAACCCCUACAAGUGGCUGCCAGUGUACAACCCUGAAGUUGUUGCCGGUUACAGAGGGAAAAAGCGUAUGGAAGCUCCCCCUCACAUUUUCUCCCUUUCUGAUAAUGCCUAUCAGGCCAUGUUAACAGAUCGUGAAAACCAGUCUGUCCUUAUUACUGGUGAAUCUGGUGCAGGAAAGACUGUGAACACCAAGCGUGUCAUCCAGUAUUUUGCAACAAUUGCAGCCCUUGGAGACAAGAAGAAGGAAUCCUCCAACAGCUUGCAGGGAAAUCUGGAAGAUCAGAUCAUUCAGGCCAACCCUCUGCUGGAAGCCUUUGGUAAUGCCAAGACUGUGAGAAAUGACAACUCCUCUCGUUUUGGUAAAUUCAUCAGAAUCCAUUUUGGAACUACAGGAAAACUGUCUUCAGCUGAUAUUGAAACAUAUCUGUUGGAAAAGUCCAGAGUUACUUUCCAGCUUUCAGCAGAAAGAAGCUAUCACAUCUUCUAUCAGAUCUUAACAAAUAAGAAGCCAGAAAUUGUUGAGAUGCUUCUACUCACUACUAACCCAUAUGACUACCCAUCCAUCAGUCAGGGUGAGCUUGUUGUGAAGAGCAUUAAUGAUGAAGAGGAGUUGAUGGCAACAGAUAGUGCCAUUGACGUUUUGGGUUUCAAUCAAGAAGAAAAGAUGGGUAUUUACAAAAUGACUGGUGCUGUCAUGCAUCAUGGCAACUUGAAGUUCAAGCAAAAGCAAAGAGAGGAGCAGGCUGAGCCUGAUAGCACUGAGGUGGCUGACAAAAUUGCUUAUCUGUUGGGCCUCAACUCUGCGGAUUUGCUCAAAGGUUUGUGCUACCCAAGAGUCAAGGUCGGCAAUGAAUUUGUUACCAAAGGACAGACUGUACCACAGGUCUAUAACUCUGUUGGUGCCCUGUGCAAGUCUGUUUUUGAAAAGCUGUUCUUGUGGAUGGUCACUCGUAUUAACCAACAGCUGGAUACUAAGCAACCAAGACAGUUCUUCAUUGGUGUGCUGGACAUUGCUGGAUUUGAAAUCUUUGAUUUUAACAGCUUGGAGCAGCUCUGCAUCAACUUUACCAAUGAAAAACUGCAACAGUUUUUCAAUCACCACAUGUUCGUCCUGGAGCAGGAGGAAUACAAGAAGGAAGGAAUUGAUUGGGAGUUUAUUGACUUCGGUAUGGAUUUGGCUGCCUGCAUUGAGCUUAUUGAGAAGCCAUUGGGUAUCUUCUCCAUCCUUGAAGAGGAGUGCAUGUUCCCCAAAGCCACUGAUACUUCCUUCAAGAACAAGCUAUAUGAGCAACAUCUGGGCAAAUGCAAGAACUUUGAGAAGCCCAAGCCUGGCAAAGGAAAGGCUGAAGCUCACUUCUCGCUUGUGCAUUAUGCUGGCACUGUGGAUUACAACAUCAGUGGAUGGCUUGAAAAGAACAAGGACCCACUGAACGAGUCAGUUGUCCAGCUCUACCAGAAGUCUUCUGUCAAACUGCUGUCCUUGCUCUACUCCAGCUAUGCUGCAACUGACGGUGAUGCUGGUGGCAAAGGUGGUAAGAAAAAGAAGGGAUCCUCUUUCCAGACUGUGUCUGGUCUCUUCAGGGAAAAUCUGAACAAACUGAUGACAAACUUGAGAAGCACUCACCCUCACUUUGUACGUUGUUUGAUUCCCAAUGAGACCAAGACUCCUGGUAUCAUGGACAACCAUCUCCUUAUUCACCAGCUGAGAUGUAAUGGUGUGCUGGAAGGUAUUAGAAUCUGCAGGAAAGGAUUCCCAAGCAGAAUCCUCUAUGGUGAUUUCAAACAACGUUACAAAGUUCUGAAUGCCAGUGCAAUUCCAGAAGGGCAAUUUAUUGACAGCAAGAAGGCUUGUGAGAAGCUUCUAGGCUCAAUUGAUGUCGACCAUACUCAGUAUAAAUUUGGACACACCAAGGUAUUUUUCAAAGCUGGUCUUUUGGGUACUUUGGAAGAAAUGAGAGAUGAAAAAUUGGCCCAACUUAUCACUCGCACCCAAGCUCUUUGCAGAGGAUAUUUGAUGAGGCUUGAGUUCACCAAAAUGAUGGAAAGAAGGGAGGCCAUAUAUGUCAUCCAGUACAAUCUGAGGUCAUUCAUGAAUGUCAAACACUGGCCAUGGAUGAAACUGUACUUCAAGAUCAAGCCUCUUCUGAAGAGCGCUGAGACUGAGAAAGAAAUGGCAAACAUGAAGGAAGAGUUUGAGAAGACCAAGGAAGCCCUCGUGAAGGCAGAAGCAAGGAAGAAGGAACUGGAGGAGAAAAUGGUUGCCAUGCUCCAGGAAAAGAAUGAUCUAGUCCUGCAGGUUCAAUCGGAAAGUGAAACCUUGGCUGAUUCUGAGGAGAGAUGUGAAGGGCUCAUCAAAGUCAAAAUUCAGCUGGAGUCUAAAAUAAAGGAAUUAACAGAAAGACUUGAAGAUGAAGAAGAAAGCAAUGCAGAGCUAACAGCAAAGAAGAGAAAAUUGGAGGAUGAAUGUUCUGAGCUCAAGAAAGACAUUGACGACCUUGAACUUACUUUGGCUAAAGUAGAAAAGGAGAAGCAUGCCACAGAAAACAAGGUUAAAAACCUUACUGAAGAAAUGGCAGUUCUCGAUGAGAACAUUUCCAAACUGUCCAAAGAAAAGAAGGCCCUUCAAGAGGCUCACCAACAAACACUUGAUGACCUGCAAGCUGAAGAGGACAAAGUCAGUUCUCUGUCAAAAGCAAAGACAAAGCUGGAACAGCAAGUAGAUGAUCUGGAAGGUUCCCUGGAACAAGAGAAGAAACUUCGUCUUGACCUUGAGAGAGCCAAGAGAAAGCUUGAAGGAGAUUUGAAACUGACCCAGGAAACCGUCAUGGACCUUGAGAAUGAUAAACAGCAAACUGAAGAAAAACUUAAAAAGAAAGACUUUGAAAUAAGCCAGCUUCAAGGAAAGAUAGAGGAUGAACAGUCCCUGGGUACUCAGUUGCAGAAAAAGAUCAAGGAACUGCAGGCUCGAAUUGAGGAAGUUGAGGAAGAAAUUGAAGCUGAACGUGCAGCUCGUGCAAAGGUAGAGAAACAAAGGGCUGAUCUUUCCAGGGAACUUGAGGAGAUCAGUGAGAGACUUGAGGAAGCUGGAGGUGCAACAUCUGCUCAGAUUGAGAUGAACAAAAAACGUGAAGCUGAGUUCCAGAAACUGAGACGUGACCUGGAGGAGGCAACCCUUCAGCAUGAAGCCACUGCUGGUGCCCUGCGCAAAAAACAUGCUGACAGUGUAGCUGAGCUUGGGGAGCAAAUUGAUAACCUGCAGAGGGUUAAACAAAAGCUGGAGAAAGAAAAAAGUGAGCUGAAGAUGGAGAUUGAUGAUCUUGCCAGCAACUUGGAAAAUGUAUCCAAAUCAAAGGCUAAUCUUGAAAAGGUUAACCGUGUGAUUGAGGACCAACUUAGUGAAGUGAAGGCAAAGGAUGAUGAACAUCAGCGUCUCCUCAACGACCUCAGUACUCAAAAGGCUCGCUUGCAGACUGAAACCGGUGAGCUCUCCCGCCAGCUUGAAGAGAGGGAAUCUCUGAUUUCUCAGCUCUCAAGAGGAAAGCAGGGAUUUACCCAGCAAGUUGAAGAACUCAAGAGGCAGCUUGAAGAAGAAACAAAGGCUAAGAAUGCCCUUGCUCAUGCUCUGCAAUCAGCUCGUCAUGACUGUGACUUGCUUAGAGAACAAUUUGAGGAAGAACAGGAGGCCAAGGCUGAACUUCAGCGCUCACUGUCCAAAGCCAAUGGUGAAGUUUCACAAUGGAGGACCAAAUAUGAAACUGAUGCAAUUCAGCGUACUGAGGAACUUGAAGAAGCCAAGAAGAAACUUGCUCAGCGUUUACAGGACGCUGAGGAGCAAGUUGAGGCUGUGAAUUCCAAAUGCGCCUCCUUGGAAAAGACUAAGCAGAGACUGCAAUCCGAAGUGGAGGACUUGAUGGUUGAUGUUGAGAGAGCAAAUAGUGCAGCAGCUGCUCUUGAUAAGAAGCAGAGAAACUUUGAUAAGGUCCUGGUAGAAUGGAAACAGAAGUAUGAAGAGGGUCAGGCUGAAUUGGAAGCAGCUCUUAAGGAAUCUCGCAGCCUGAGCACUGAGAUCUUCAAGAUGAAGAAUGCUUAUGAGGAAGCUCUGGAGCAUGUUGAAACUCUGAAACGUGAAAACAAGAACCUUCAACAGGAGAUUUCAGAUCUGACUGAACAGAUUGGUGAGAGUGGAAAAUCAGUUGUUGAAUUGGAAAAGGCCAAGAAGCAGGUGGAACAAGAGAAGAAUGAUCUCCAAGCUGCUCUAGAAGAAGCAGAGGGAUCUUUGGAACAUGAAGAAGCCAAGAUUCUGCGCAUCCAGCUUGAACUGAACCAGGUCAAAUCUGAAGUGGACAGGAAAAUUGCAGAGAAGGAUGAGGAAAUUGAGCAACUGAAGAGAAACAGCCAGAGGUCCAUUGACACCAUGCAGAGCACACUGGACUCUGAAAUCAGGAGCAGAAAUGAUGCACUGAGACUGAAGAAGAAGAUGGAAGGUGAUCUGAAUGAGCUUGAGAUCCAGCUGGGUCAUGCCAACCGUCAGGCUUCUGAAGCACAGAAACAGCUUAGGAAUGUACAGGGACAGUUCAAGGAGACCCAGCUCCAGCUGGAUGAAGCAAUCAGGGCACAGGAAGACCUGAAGGAACAGGUUGCUGUGACUGAGCGCAGAAAUAACUUGUUUCAAGCUGAAAUUGAAGAAAACAGAGCUGGUCUGGAACAGACAGAAAGAUCUCGUAAGAUUGCAGAACAGGAGCUCCUAGAUGCAAGUGAACGUCUUCAGCUGUUGCAUUCCCAGAACACAAGUCUCAUUAACAGCAAGAAGAAGCUUGAAAGUGACAUCUGUCAACUACAGAAUGAGGCCGAGGAAGCUGUCCAAGAAGCCAGAAAUGCUGAAGAGAAGGCAAAGAAGGCCAUAACAGAUGCUGCCCUGAUGGCAGAAGAGUUGAAGAAGGAGCAGGACACCAGUGCUCACUUAGAAAGGAUGAAGAAGAACCUUGAACAGACUGUGAAGGACCUGCAGCAUCGCCUUGAUGAAGCUGAACAGCUGGCAAUGAAGGGUGGCAAGAAGCAGCUCCAGAAACUGGAAUCCAGGGUACGAGAACUGGAGAAUGAGCUGGAUAAUGAACAGAAACAUGGUGUUGAGGCUGUGAAAGGUGUUCGUAAAUAUGAGAGGAGAGUGAAGGAACUCACAUACCAGACUGAGGAAGAUAAGAAGAACAUUUUGAGACUGCAGGACCUGGUAGAUAAACUUCAGUCUAAGGUUAAAGCCUACAAGAGGCAGGCUGAAGAAGCUGAGGAACAAGCCAACACCCAUUUGGGCCGCUUCCGUAAGGUACAGCACGAGCUUGAAGAAGCAGAAGAAAGAGCCGAUAUUGCCGAGUCCCAAGUGAAUAAGCUCAGGACAAAGAGCCGUGAUAUUGGAGGCAAGAAAGAGUCUGAAGAGUGAAAACAGAGAAGGCUAAGGAAUGUGAAAUUGUAAUGUCCAUUCCAAAUAUAAUGUAUCAAAUGAAUUGUAAAUAAAUUACUUGAAGCUUAAAAA